AUGGCUUCUGAGUUCAUCGGAUAUUCUGUGAUUGUGAGCCUAAAAGCACCGCCUGGCGGGAAGCUCCAAGGGCAGGUGGCUAACGUGGUUGGGCAAAAUUUGCUUCUCCAAAAUGUAACACUUCUGUGGAAUGGCCAACGUUUCCCCAGCUAUUCUGUGGAUGCUGCCGGAAUCACCGAUCUCUCACUGCAAGAAGCCAAAGCCCCUCUUUCUCACCCGCAUGAUUUGUCGCAAGAAAACAUCAGGGUCCAGCCUGCUCAACCCAAACCCCCACAACAGAACUUUGUCGAUCCGGCUAUCUUAAGCUACUCUAAAGUCCCUACCAACUCUCUCACUCAAUCCCAUCUGGCUCCGCGUGCUACUGGUCAGGCAGCUGCCCAAGUCGCAGCAUCUUUGUCUGAGCCAUUCAGCAACCUUGAAUUGAAUGUCAAUACUGGUAACGGUGGGUUGCGGGGCUCCUCGCAGGAGACCGAGUUCCAGGCUGCACAGACCUUGACCCCUACUAAGAAAAGCAACAAGCGCAAUAGAUCUGGCAACGAAAGUGGAUUUAUUAGCAAGCAUGGCGGUGCCGCCAGCACGAAUCCAAAGAGCAAAGGCUGGCGCCAAACUGCCUUUGUGGAGCCCAUGGGUGCGGCUGCCCAAGCGUCCCCUGAACAUAUUGUCCGCCAGCCCGGCGCAAAGCUUCGCAAGAAAAAGGCGUCCCGCGCAUACGUCGAGGAUCAAAGUGGCUGGGCCACUGAGGAUGCAACCGAUAUUCAGGAGCUGGGCGAAUUCGAUUUCGCAAGCAACCUCUCAAAGUUCGAUAAACGGCGAGUGUUUGAAGAAAUCCGAAAUGACGAUACAACUGCAGAUGAGGCCCGUCUAGUGAGCUUCAACCGCCUCCCCAAACCUGGCACCAAUGAUGGCAAGAAUCUUCACUGGUCGGAGAACGUGCUUGAUAGCCCGCAGAACAGCGAUACAGAGGAUGUUGAGGGCAUUAGUGAUGCCAGACAUAGUAGCGAGAAUAUCUCUGGGCGUGACCGAUCUCGGGCACCUGGAUGGAUCCAAACUUCUCGCAAGAGUAGUACAAUAAUGAGCCAGCCUGUGAUGCCGCAAAUCAACGCUCUCAAUCGCAGCCAAUUGAAUGCCUCUCGCACCACGAGCCCUCACCCAGGUCGCUCAUCUGUGUCCCCCAUGGUUGGUUCCAAUGCAUCCGGAGCAUCCCUAAGAUUGAUAACUACCAAUCGUAGCUGCCCAACCGUGAGCCCUCUGCAGGCCCUUGAGGUUGAGCAGAUUGCGGUAGCUGAGUUUGGUCUGAGUGAAGAUGUUAUUGCGGAGAAUGCAGGCCGAGGAAUUGCCGAGGCAGCAGUUGCUCUCCUGUCCAGCGACGCCGCUGCGCCGACCAUCGUAAUUGUUACAGGUAACCAUCGAACAGGCGCCAGGGCUAUCGCUGCUGCACGUCACCUGCGAAACCGUGGUCACCGGGUUACUGUCUGCCUGCUAGGUCUUGAAUAUGAGAGCGAAUUGCUGGAAAGCUGUCGCAAGCAACUCGAUAUCUUCCGGAAGAUUGGAGGUCGUGUAUCGAAGUGGGAGGAUCUAUCACCUCGUUUAUCUACUUCUGACCUGAGUCCCGAUUUGGUGAUUGAUGCCUUGUUUGGCAUGCACAUUGCCUUUGAUGAUCUUCGAACCGAUGAUCAGGGCGUCGCCUUUGAGAUGAUCUCAUGGGUGAACCGAAGCAACCUCGAGGUUCUUUCAGUUGACAUUCCAUCGGGCAUGUCAGCCUCGAACGGUGACACAACUAUAGUUGACGGUGGUAAACUAUGUGUCAAUGGCUCGUCGGUCGUCUGCCUUGCUGCACCAAAGACUGGAGUUCUCAAUGCUCUACUUUCCGGUGAAGGCAACUCCUGGAACGUAAGUGUUGCCGACAUCGGUAUUCCUCAGAUCGUAUGGCGAAAGUACGGUACCCGUCGCCGACAUGGUAUCGAUUUUGGCAACCGCUGGGUGGUGCCACUGAGAUACCAGGCCGCGGUUGCCUAG